AUGAGCAGCCAGAAGCACCUGCGGGAAAGGCCCGCCGGGAAGACGCCGGGGCCCUCGCCCUUCCAGGAGCGCGCGCCGCCCUCGCCCCUGCCCGCGCAGGGCUACACCCAGCAGGCGCCGGAGCCGCAGGACUGGGUGAGCCAGCCCCCAGAGAGCAGACGCCCCACCCGACACUGGAGCCUCAGCAUCGAGGAGCGCAGGCAGCGGGUCCUGCAGGACGCCUCGCAGAGCCGGCCCGGCUCCCACAGCGGCCAGGAGAUCCUGCAGAUGGUGAGACAGCUGGUGUCUGAGGACGUGGACAAGGAUGUGCUCAUCUUCCAACCGCGGUCGUCCGAGUCCACCUACGCCUUCCACACCUUCCUGACCCGCAGCUCGCCCUUUUGGCACAACAUGACCUCGACCUGGGCCUCCAGGUGCCCGCCCUCCUGA